CGUGCCCCAGCCGGCCUCCUGGGGGUGCUCGCACUUCUCCUCUCUCCGGCGCAAUGAAAUUUCCUGCGGGCGCGACUCCGGCGGGCGCGGCGGUGCUGAGCGGCGCUGAGAUGGAGCUGGUGGCACCGCCGCUGCUGCUGCUGGCCCUGCUCGCCCUGCUGGCUUCCCACGGAGGGACGCUGGCGCUGCUGGUGACGGCGCCCUACGUGCGCUGCGUCUGCCCGGAGGGGCAGAACGUCACCCUGAGCUGCCGGGUGAGCGGGCCCCUGGCCGACCGCCACGACCUGCUCUACAAAACCUGGUACUUCAGCAGCGCCGGCGACCAGAGCUGCAGCGAGAAGCAGCACAUCCGCAACCUGACCGAGAGGGAGCUGCACCACGAGCCCGGCCGGCACCACGGCGCGGCGCCCAACGGCACCGGCAGGUCCCCCCACGGGUGGCAGGGCGGCCACCGCGGCGUGGAGUUUGUCCCCAACCACCACGGGGCUUUCCACAUCGUGGUGAUGAACCUGACGCUGCAGGACAGCGGGAAUUACUGCUGCUACGCCAUGGAGGUGCGGCGGGAGCACGGCAAGCCCCAGACCCUGCAGGCGGCUCACGGCUUCGUGGAGCUGCAGAUCCAGAGAGGCAGAGGAGAGCUUCAAAACUGCACAUUUUACACCGCCAACAGCAAAGAUAUCACGGCUGCUGCGCUGGCGACGGGCGCCUGCAUCGUGGGCAUCCUCUGCCUGCCCCUCAUCUUGAUCCUGAUUUACAAGCAGAGGCAAGCGGUCAGCAGCAGACGUGCCCACGAGCUGGUCCGAAUGGAGAGCAGCAGUGCCCAGGGCAUCGAGAACCCCGUCUUCGAGGCGCUCCCCGCGGGCAGCGUGGAGCCCCGGCCCCGGCCCCAGCUCUCCUACCUGGCCAGCCGGCAGCCCUCCGAAUCCGGCCGGCACCUGCUGUCCGAGCCCAACACCCCCUUGUCCCCCCCGGGCCCCGGGGACUGCUUCUUCCCCACGCUGGACCCUGUUCCCGACUCGCCGAAUUCCUUGAAAGCCUAAAGAGUCUGCUGGCAAAAGCGAUGGAGGAGGCCAGCGCGCUGUGGUCGCACCAGGAGGGGCCGUGGCCAGGGCGGGCAGCAGCUCCCACCAAUCAAGGAAAAUUAAGAAAAGUAUAGCUAACGAACUAAAAAAGACCUCCUCACCUUCCUCUCCCUACCGCCGGGACGCCAACCGCUGCUUUCCCUUCGCGCCGUGAGGAAGACCAGGCGGUGAGGACUAUGAGUGAAUGUUUCCCUGCCUGGCCAGCGGCAGUCCUUACGCACCGGGCAGCAGCGAUGCCCACGGCAGGGGAGGGGGGAUGCCAAGAAGACUCCAACAACAGCAAAAUGCCUUAAUAAACGAAGCCAGGCGCAGGAGCCCUGCCUGUUUCUCCUGUGCUGGCUCUGCCCUGCGGAAGGACGUGACCCCUCUUGCUUGGGUUUUGAUUUUUACCGCCUAUUUCCAUGGAGAAGAGCACGGAGAGCGUACGGCCGCGCACGCCCCUUUCUGCGCACGCCCCGUGCCUGGACGGACGCUAUUUACUUUUUAUUGACAAUGAGCAUUGUGGUUCUCACCUUUUGCCUAAACCCCGGAGGAUGCAUAAGAGAAAAGAUGGAAGGAAGAGCAGCUCCCGGCCCCGGUGCCCGAGCCCCCGGGAGCCUCAUCCCGCCGGUGCUGGGAUGCCGGGAGGGAGCCCUCCUCCUGCACGCCUCCCCCAGCCCUUAAUUUAUUUCCAGGGCUGCAACCUGUGCAGCACUAACCUGGCCCGCUCUCCUUGGCGGCACAUCCUUUCCAGGAGCGUAUGGCAAAGUACUUUAGCCGCGGCGAGACAAAACCGUGUCACCGGCCAACAUUUGCGGGAGGGUUUCUUUGCAAAACAGGAAGGGGAACGGCUCGCUCCUGCUGGGGGAGUCCUCCUGCCCCGGCUGCCUGUGAUUCAUUACCAGUGAUGAUUUAAAAAAAAAAAAAAAGAAAAAAAGGAUGCUUAUGUUUUUUUCUUUUUCUUUUUUACUAUUUUUAAAUGCUGUUAAAUCGGAAGGGUCGUCCUCAUGGUGCUGGAGGGUUUUCCAGCCAUGCACGGGGCCGUGCCGGCACCUCCCUCACUGUAAACCUGAGCAAUCGCCGGGCACCAAAACCAGCCUGCCUCAGGCGGCUCUGGUGAAUCCUGCUCCUGCCCAGCUGCACUGAUUUCAGGAGGUAUUUUUGUCCCUUGGAGCCCGUGGGCUUGCUCACCCUCACUGGGAAUGUGGCUGCUGCGGUUUAGCUCGGGCUCUCGCAGCAUCCUCAGAUAAGCUGAGCGCCUCCUCUGCCCUCCUAAGGGGUGAGGAGAUAAGGCUUUGUGGUAGAAAUGGUUACUCAAAGGGUGAUGUUUUGUUUUGUUUUGUUUUUGCUUCUGUUUUUGGUGUAAAGAAUGGGGAAAAAAUUGCCCAUAAGCACCCAUAAGCGUGAGUCAUACCAAAAUACUGGCAGACCGGAGCAAAAGCAGCGUGCCCUUGCAGAGCAUCCCCGGUGGCAGCGGGCUGAAGAUCAACAACCUGUGGCUGGAGGGAACGGCACUGCUUCUGCAGCGGGCACAGUGCAAGGGGGUAUCGAGGUCCGACCCCCCAGGAGGUCCCCCGAUGGACCGUGCCCUCGGGCUUCCUGCUGGAUGGCGAGGACAGGGCUUGGUGCACCAGCACCGUGGCUGCGCACCUGGCUGGACACCUCGCACCCCCUGCCUGUCCUGGAUCGCCACGGGUCCUUCAGGUCCUCUCCCAGCUCUGUUUCUUUGGCCUUUCCCAAAGCUUUUUGUUGCGGGAUUUGGGUCGGUGCUGCCGGAAGCACCAGAGGCCCCAGCUACCAGCCUGGGUGAAGCCACAAGGAAUGGCAGCAGGCUCCGCGCACGGCACCCCUCACGGCGCCAGCGACGCUCCCCAGGACGACGGGGACGCUUUUGGAAGGAGCUGGCGGUGCCAGCUGCUGCGUUUGCACAAACCUGCUGCUCUCGUUCUAGGGAAAGAGACUUCAACCACGGCACGGCGUCAGCAGAAGACACAAAGAGGCGCGUGAGCCACCCGGCGGGGAGCAGCGCGGAGAUUUGCAAGCCGCGACCUGCGCUGCUUCUUGCAGCACGCUUCCUCAGAAUGUAGAGCAGGGCUCUGCAGCCAGAGCGCUGCCGGGAGGUGAGAGAGAUGGAGAGAUAAGGGGGGAGGUGGAGGCGAGGCAGGGCGGCAGCAGGGUCACAACUCGCCGGGGAGCGACGUGCACUCGCUUCGCGGCUCGCGCAUCUCCCCCGUCCCGCAUCCCGAGGCCCCUCUCUAUUUGUUGUGUCUAACAAAGGCAGCGGGCAGGACAGCCCCCCGCGCUGUUGGUGUUUGCAGCUCUUACAGCCGCGGAACAGUUCAGGAUUUCUGCUCAAACCACUUCAGAGCAGAGGCAGGGAGAUGAAACGCAGCCGUGCCGGAGCGAGCGGGAGGAAAGCGAGGAUGCACGCUGAAAGCAAAGGCACGGCGGCUCCGCCACGGGGCAGGCAGCAGCUCC